UUAUCUUAAUAUUAAUCUUAUAUCUUAUCUGUACUUGACACGUGUCUAAUGACACCAUAAACGAGUUAACAACUAUACGCUGUCAGUAUUUAGGUAACUUUAACUUAUCAACAAAGAGAGACCGUGUGUGGAUAACCGUCGUUUAUAACCGCAACAUGAACUGGGUCGGAGGAUCUCGAAGCAGGUAUAUCAAAAAGAAGGACGACACAGCAAGGCUGAGAGCGUUUUUUCAAAAGCAAAAGAUGAAAAGACAUUCAGCGUCAAAUUUGAGAAAGACGCAAGAACAGAACACUGGAAAUAUGGAUCUGCUGUCAUUAUUCAUCGCCAACCAGCUUGCGUCGAAGAAAGAGCCAACCAACAAACCAAUAAUAAAUCGUUGGAAUGGUCCGAAUGAAACUAAACAAGUUUGGAGAAAUCCUUCACAGAUUCCACAGAGCUCUUGUCCACCAUCUGGUCCUAAGUUGAGCUUAGUCACCAAUCAAAAACCGAAGAGUGUUAAUAGGCCUGGCUUUAAACUCAGAAAGCAUCGUUCGUCUAAAUAUUUCCAGUCAAAGCUGUCCCCUUUGGUCGAAUCGAACAUGUCCGAUGGCAGUGGCUCAGAUAAUCAACAUCAACCAUCCUCAUCUUCUGCUGGCUCGAAAGCUCCAAUCAAUCCACAUGUGCCAUUUACCCUACAAUCCACUGCAAAUUCUGGAAAUAGGAAAUCUCCUCAGCCAACAAAGCCGAACAAUCCAUGGCUCCACAUGGAUCCACCACAAAACGUUUUACAAAACAGUCCAGCGAUUGGAUUUCAGCUCGAGAGCCCAUUACCAAAUCCAGAGAUGGGAGAGACUUCAGACUUCUUUCCACUGCGCUUUUUGAAGAGUAGCGAGGACACUGAUGAUGAAGUGUUUUCCUCAUUCGCUUCUUAUGACAGAUCUCAAAAGAAGGACAACAGCGGAUUCUUCUCAAUGCAGAAAGAAGAACAUCUGUUCAUCCGCCAGUCCUCCCGCUCAUUCCUAAUCCAUUCUGAAGAAACUCUCAAAGCAGGCAACACGUACUCACCAGUGAAAAACAAAACACCAACACCUUCACCAGCGCCAUCCUGCAGACAGAUGGCGAAAUCCACCCGUCAUUGUCAAACUCAGAUUCAAGCACAAAGGCAUGAUGAAAACUCUGUAACGACCCUGGACGCAGGAACCCAAACAGCAGCUUCGUUUUACCGGGACGUUUCAGUCCAGUGUUCACUUCUUCCUCUCAAAUCCACAAGGCGGCAGUCUUUCCCUCAGCUGCUCAGUCCUGUCAUGCUUUAUUCUCCAAAGGGAAAGCACAGAAGAGCAAGAAGUAGACCAUCAGGGCAUCCGAAAUCACAACCAGACCGUAUAAUCCGCAAUCUUCGCAGUCAGAAGAGCACGAAAAGAGAUCUGACGUCCGUUGUGGACGAUUCAUCCCCCAAACCUUCAGAACAGAUAAAGGGGCAGCAAUGGGAAUGCAGAAUCAAACUGCCCAGGUGUGAUGACCCGCGAUAUGAAAAUGUGUGGCAACACCCUGUCACGGACGUCAGGCGCGUAACAGAAUCUGAAUGAGACGAAGACCCCACAGCGGAAAAAGGUGCGAAAGGAGCAUCUGUGGAGAAUCUGCUGGCAUGUUAAAGCAGAGAAAGAGUUAGAUCAUUGUACGCUAUAUAUCUUUAUUGUUGUUCCCAAGUACAUCU